AAUAAAGUACGACUACUCCAAAAAUACGUGAUAAUCGCAUGGAUAAUUGUUGCACUUCAAAUCCUCAUAAACAUUGCCGGAAUAAUUCUCGUACUUUCAAUGAAAAACCCAUUUCUUGAGUACUGUAUAGGUCAGGAUAACGCAGAGGAUUCGUGUCUAUCAACGUAUAAUGUCUUGAUACCUAUCGAAAUUGUUCAAGAUUCGUUUGUAAUUAUUAUUUCG